GUGCCGGCCGCCCGAGAUGUCGCACCACUAUGACAGCGCCACACAGUUUCGCCAUCCGGAACCUGCUCCCCGAAGCAUCGUCCCGGUCUCCCUCACCUUCAGACACUGAGCUCGAUGUCACGGGCACCGAGACCCCUCCACCCGGCUCCUCCACACUCCCUGAGGAGAAGAAAAAUGAGAAGCCGGCGUACAGCUACAAUGCUCUCAUCAUGAUGGCCAUCCGCAGCAGCCCUGAGAAAAGACUGACACUAAACGGCAUUUACGAGUAUAUCAUGAAGAACUUCCCGUACUACAAGGAGAACAAACAGGGCUGGCAGAACUCCAUCCGGCACAACCUCAGUCUGAACAAAUGUUUCGUGAAAGUUCCACGACAUUACGACGACCCGGGGAAAGGGAACUACUGGAUGCUGGACCCUUCCUCGGAUGAUGUGUUCAUCGGGGGCACGACGGGCAAGCUGCGGCGGCGCUCCACGGCGGCGUCCAGGUCGCGGCUGGCGGCGUUCAAGCGCGGCGCGCUGCUGCACCCGAUGUUCGGCAACCCGUACGCGUCGCUGGUGGGCCUGUACCCGCCGCUGCUGUCCGUGUACGGCCGGUACGCGCUGCCCAGCCCGCUGCUGAGGCUGCCGCCGCCGCCGCCCGCUUCCUACCAUCAGUUGUACAGGAGGAUACACGGGAUCGCGCCCCCCAUGAGUCCCCCCAGCCAGGAGCCAGAUCAUUUAGUGAAGCACAGUUGAUUAGUGAGACGAGAGAUGGGUCUUUUGUAAGAUAUUCGUACAUAUCUUGAUAAAGGCAAAGUGACUGUGAUAUGUGGACAGUGUACAGUAAUGGUGACGCUAUUUAUUAUUAAUGUAAGAUUUAUAUUUAAAUUCUAACUUAAUAAGAGGCUUAAUUUAAGUUAUGAAGCAAUAAACGAUGUUUCCGAAACGACCGACUAGUAUCAUUGGGUGCUUUUAUUUAU